AUGGCCACUCUGGGCAACCAUUUUACACCCAAGCCCACACGCCUCGCUCGCCGUCGGCCGUUCUACCUACGGGACCAGGAGCCGGGGGAAUCCGCCGCAGCAUUCCUCGCCGCCCUUCGCCAGUUGGCCCGGUUCUGCGAGUUCAAGGACCUCGAUGACGCCCUCCUCGACAGGUUUGUUUUCAGCCUCCAGAGUGAGAAAGUGCGCCGCCGUCUCAUCGCCAGGAGUGGCGUCACCCUCACAGCGGCCGUCGAGGAGGCCACGGUGGCAGAAGCCCCGCCCGCCACCGGCCGGAGGAGCAGCCGGGGCUCUGCAGCCCCACCACCAGCGGCUGCCCACCAUGAGAGCGCCAGCGACGCGGCCUCCAGCGACGAGGACGAGGCUCACAAACUGAGCGACCAAGGGGCCUCUCGGGGGCGCAGGGCACGGGGCACCACAGACCGCUCGUGUGCGAGCUGUGGCGAGCGACACGACCGCCGAUCCUGCCAGUUCCGCGACGCCUCUUGCCGGGCUUGCGGCAGGGUCGGCCACAUUGCCAAAGUCUGUCGCUCGACGCCGAAGGGUUGGUCUUCGCGCCCAGCCGGGAAAGAUGGCGCCCCGCGCCCCGUCCAUGACUUGGACGAUGACGAGCCCACAAGCGGCCGCCGGGGUCGCCGCGAGACGGAGCUGCACAGCGUCUCCUUCCACAAGGUGCAUGGCGCCGACAAGGUCUCCAUCGUCGUCAAGAUCGGCGGUGCACCAUGCGAGAUGGAAGUGGACUCUGGGUCGGCUCUCUCCAUUAUUUCGCUGGACACGUACCGCGAUCUGACCCGUCGCGCAGCCUCCCUCCCCGAGCUGCGACCGUCCCGCGUCACCAUUUGGGACUAUCAGAGGCGCCGGGUGCCGGUCCGGGGGGAGGCCCGCGUGCCUGUCCGUUUUCAGGAUUGCUCCGGGCGCCUCCGCCUUAUAGCGGUCGAGGGGCCUCGCGCAAGCCUCCUGGGGCUAGACUGGUUCCCGGCCCUCGGCCUCCACAUCGGCGGCAUCCACUGCAUCAGCCAGACCGCCCUCGACGACGUAUGGGAGGAGUUCGAGGACGUGUGGAAGGGCCUGCUGGGCUGCUACAAGGGUCCGCCGGUCCGCCUGCACGUCGACCCCGCCGCCACGCCCAUCCGCCUCAAGCCUCGCCGCGUUCCCUUCGCCCUCAAGCCCCGGAUCGAUGCAGAGCUGGACCGCCUCGUCGCUCAGGCCGUGCUGGUCCCAGUCCCCAAUGCCCCCUGGGAGACCCCGAUCGUGACUCCCCUCAAGCCCAACGGGGACGUCCGCAUCUGCACGGACUACAAAUGUACUAUUAAUACGGCGCUGCGGCCGCACGCCUACCCUGUGCCAGUUGUCAGCCACCUCCUGGCCUCCCUCGCUGGGGGUCAGGUGUUUGCCAAACUGGACCUCGCUCAGGCUUACCAACAGCUACCCAUGGACCCUGAGUCGGCUGAGGCACAGACAAUUGUUACACACCGGGGUGCCUUCCGGGUGACCCGCCUGAAGUUCGGGGUCAGCACGGCCCCGGGUAUCUUCCAGAACUUAAUGGAAGACCUCCUGAAGGGCUUGCCCGGCGGCGUCCCGUACUUUGACGACGUCUUGAUCGUGGCAAGCUCCAACGAUGAGCUCCUGGAGCAUGUCCGCCAGGUGCUCCACUGUUUCCGGGAGGCCGGGCUGACGGUCAAAUGUAAGAAGUGCCAGCUGGGCCUGCCGCAGGUGGAGUUCCUGGGCUACCUGAUCGACGCAGAGGGCAUCCAUCCCACUCCCGACAAGAUCAAGGCGAUCCACAACGCCCCACCGCCCCAAAGCAAGCAGGAGCUCCAGUCGUUCCUCGGCCUGCUGAACUUCUACCACGCCUUCCUGCCCAACAAGGCGUCUGUUGCCGAGCCGCUCCACCGUCUCCUGGACAAGUCCUCCCCGUGGGCGUGGGGUAAGUCGCAUCAACGGGCGUUCGAGGCUACCAAAGCUCUCUUGUCUCCCUCCAGCUUGCUCGUCCAUUUCGACGAGAAGCUUCCCGUUGUGUUGACAUGCGACGCCUCGCCCUACGGUGUCGGAGCGGUUCUGAGCCACCAGCUGCUGGGCGGUCGGGAAGCCCCGAUUGCUUUCUACUCCCGGACCCUCUCCUCUGCAGAGAGGAACUACGCGCAGAUCGACCGAGAGGCGCUCGCAGUCGUGGCCGGAGUAAAGAAAUUCCACGACUACAUUUAUGGCCGCCCCUUCUCCAUCGUCACCGAUCACAAGCCACUUUUAGGGUUGUUCGUGCCGGAUCGACAGACGCUGCAGAUCCUGUCCCCCCGCAUGCUCCGGUGGUCGAUUUUUCUCAACGCCUACGACUUCAGGCUUCUGCACCGCCCCGGGUCCAGCAUCGCGAAUGCUGACGCGCUCAGCCGUUUGCCUCUCAAGGACCCAUCCCCGGCCUACAACGUCAUGCUGUUGGAGACCCUGCCUGAACCGCCCCUACAUGCCUCGGACAUUGCGGCUCAUACAGCGAAGGACCGCACCCUCGCCCGCGUUUUGAACUGGGUGGGGAAGGGAUGGCCGUCUGCCAGUCCAGAGGGCAUAUUCAAGCCCUUUUUCACGCGGCAGCACGAACUCUCACUGAAUAAGGGGUGUCUUCUCUGGGGGAACCGCGUCGUGGUUCCAGCCAAACUGCGCACCAAGGUCCUGGAGGCCCUGCAUGCCUGCCACCCGGGAAUUGUGCGCAUGAAGGCCCUGGCGAGGAGCUACGUUUGGUGGCCGGGCAUAGACGCUGCUGUGGAGGAGUGGGUGAGCCGCUGCCAGCCAUGCCAAGAGUCGCGGCCCGAGAUGCCGCGAGCCCCGACCCACCACUGGGAGUCCACCCACAAACCCUGGUCACGCCUCCACAUAGACUUUGCGGGCCCGUUCCAGGGCAAGACUUUCCUGAUCAUGGUGGACUACUACUCCAAGUGGCUGGAGGUCGCUGAUGUAGGCUCCAUGACCUCACGAGUGGUGGUUCGAGAACUGCGGAAGCUUUUUGCCACCCACGGCCAGCCAGACAUGGUGGUCUCCGACAAUGGGGCCCAAUUUACGUCCGUGGAGUUCCAAGAGUUCUUGGCCAAAAAUGGAAUCCGCCACUCAGCCCCGUUCCACCCUGCCACUAAUGGCCAGGCGGAGAGGAUGGUCCGCACGACCAAGGACGCAAUGCGGCGCAUUGAGCGCAACGACUGGGACAGGGGGCUGGCAGAAUUCCUCCUGUACCAGCACACCACGCCCAACUCUGCCACCGGAAAAAGCCCCGCGGAGCUUCUCAUGGGCCGCCGGCCAAAAACGCCACUUGACCGGCUACACCCCGACCUUGCGCCGGAGCGCCCCUGCCAUCGAGAAGAACCGGCAGUUCCACGGGUCGUAGAACAGGAUGCCCCCGUCUAUGCCCGUAACUAUGGUACAGGCCCGGCCUGGAUUCCGGCAACCGUGCAAGACACAACCGGCCCGUUAUCCUACCGGGUUGCCACCCCUGAAGGUCGAGUCCUCCGGCGACACAUCGACCAGCUGCGCUGCCAAUUGGCUGACGAGCCCGACCGCGCCGCUAUCACAGAAGCUCUGGAGCUCCCCGGAGUGCCAGAGCAAGCCGCGCCAGCAGAGAGCGAGCCGAGUGAGGGGCGCCUGUCUGCUGGCAUGCACAGAGAACUCCCAGAAGCUGCUUUCCCUACCCCCUGCGAACCCGGGCCGACCGCUGUCACAGACGCGGCCCCAGCACCCACAACACCGGUUCUGGUACCGCGUAGGUCGCAGCGGAUACGAACACGACCCAGCCACCUGAAAGACUUUGUGUGCUCGUGA